AAGCAGAAGGAGACUAAAGCGUUUAUUCAAACUCCUCGUCGGUUAUUCGUAACGCCAUUGAAUCACAACGUUACUGCAAUGCCAAAUCCCCUCUCUCUCUCUCUCCUCUCUCCUCUCUCCUCUCUUUCUCUCUCUAGCGUCUCAAUUCAAUAACCCCUUCGCAGUGCAUUUCACGCUUCUUCCAUCUUCCGCUGAUUAACAGGGCCGAGUUCUAAGGUAGGGCAACACACCUUCAAAUCGAAGCUUGAUUUCUCUGAAAUAGUUGCGUUCUCGAACGUGUUGAACGUCCCUUUCAACCUUUCAAAAUCUGACUUUGCUUUGCAUAGUGAAAGUAGCACAGGCUUCAACUGAGGAAAAUGGUGAAGAUCUGCUGCAUUGGAGCUGGAUACGUCGGUGGCCCUACAAUGGCAGUAAUAGCACUAAGAUGCCCCUCAAUUGAAGUUGCUGUUGUUGACAUCUCUGUUUCCAAGAUCUUAGCCUGGAACAGUGACCAGCUCCCUAUUUAUGAGCCUGGUCUUGAUGAAGUAGUGAAGCAGUGCAGAGGAAAGAACCUCUUUUUCAGCACAGAUGUUGAGAGGCACGUCUCAGAGGCUGACAUAAUCUUUGUUUCAGUUAAUACUCCGACAAAAACUCGAGGCCUUGGAGCUGGCAAAGCUGCAGAUCUCACAUAUUGGGAGAGUGCAGCCCGAAUGAUUGCAGAUGUAUCAAAAUCAGAUAAGAUUGUUGUUGAGAAGUCAACUGUUCCAGUUAAAACAGCAGAGGCAAUUGAAAAAAUCCUUACCCACAAUAGCAAGGGAAUCAAAUAUCAAAUUCUCUCAAAUCCGGAGUUCCUUGCUGAGGGUACUGCAAUUAAAGAUUUAUUUAACCCCGAUCGGGUUCUCAUUGGAGGGAGAGAAACUCCAGAUGGCCUCAAGGCAAUUCAGGCUUUGAAGAGUGUAUAUGCCCAUUGGGUGCCUGAAGAAAGAAUUCUCACCACCAACCUCUGGUCAGCAGAGUUAUCAAAGUUAGCUGCCAAUGCAUUUUUGGCCCAGAGGAUCUCAUCUAUCAAUGCUAUGUCAGCACUCUGUGAGGCGACUGGUGCGGAUGUGACACAGGUCUCACAUGCUGUUGGAAGAGAUACUAGAAUCGGACCCAAGUUCCUUAAUGCGAGUGUUGGUUUUGGUGGAUCGUGUUUCCAGAAGGACAUUCUGAACUUGAUUUAUAUUUGUGAAUGCAAUGGCUUGAAUGAAGUUGCAAGCUACUGGAAACAAGUGAUCAAGGUCAAUGACUACCAAAAGAAUCGAUUUGUGAACCGGGUUGUCUCUUCAAUGUUCAAUACAGUUUCAGGCAAAAAGAUAGCAAUUCUCGGGUUCGCCUUCAAGAAGGAUACAGGUGACACAAGGGAAACUCCUGCAAUUGAUGUCUGCAAGGGACUUUUGGGGGACAAGGCAAAACUGAGUAUAUAUGAUCCACAAGUAACUGAGGACCAGAUUCAAAGGGAUCUAUCCAUGAACAAGUUUGAUUGGGACCAUCCAAUCCAUCUGCAGCCAGUGAGCCCAACGGCAGUAAAGGAAGUCAGUUUUGCUUGGGACGUGUAUGAGGCGACUAAGGAUGCUCAUGGAGUCUGCAUUCUUACUGAAUGGGAUGAAUUCAAGUCUCUCGAUUUCCAAAGGAUUUUUGACCAAAUGCAGAAACCAGCAUUUGUUUUUGAUGGCAGGAAUGUUGUUGAUGUUGAGAAGCUGAGGGAGAUUGGAUUCAUAGUGUAUUCCAUUGGAAAGCCACUGGAUCCAUGGCUCAAGGAUAUGCCUGUUAUGGCAUAGAAGUCGCCUGGAGAUGAGAGAUGGAGAACUCUAAGAUUGAUGAUCAACCCUUUUUCUGAUAUUCAUUGUUCUUAACUGCAAGUUGGUUCAUUUUUUUAUUACUGUAUUUAGUUUAAACUUGGAACAUUUGAAUAAGUUUUACUCUGUUUUAAUAGUUCUCUAUACAAUCAUCAAUCAAGUUUUAUGUUGA